AUGGUAUGGAUGAAAUUAGAGGUUCGAAUCUUACGAAUUACAAUUAUUUUUAUUCCAAAAGAGCAGAUGUCAGUUGUAUUACGAUAUGUGGAUGAAGGUCAUGUGAAUGAACGAUUUAUUGAAAUCAUCCAUGUCAAUAAUACAAGUGCCCUAUCACUUAAGGAAGUUAUUGAUGGUUUUUUCUCUCAACAUGGGUUGAGUAUUGCUAAUUUGCGAGAGCAAGGAUAUUAUGGAGCAAGUAAUAUGCAAGUGAAUGUUAUUGGAGCAUCAGCGAAACGUCGAGAUAUUCUACGAGAGAAACAUAACAUGAAAAUUUUUGAAGCUUUAAAUAAUGGUGAAAUAUCAAGUGGACGAGGAUUAAAUCAAGAGAUAAUGAUUAAAAAACUAGGAGAUACUCGAUGGGGAUCACAUUACAACACUUUAACGAGUUUAGUUACAAUGUUCUCUUCAGUAGUUGAUGUGCUUGAGACAAUUGUGGACAGUGGAUCAAAUUCAGAACAAAAAUAUGAAGCACAGAUUCUAACAACUUCAAUCUUGUCAUUUGACUUUGUUUUCAAUAUGCAUCUCAUGAAAAAUAUAUUGGGAAUCACAAAUGACUUGUCUCAAGUCUUACAAAGAAAAGAUGAGGAUAUUGUGAAUGCAAUGAAUUUAGUCAACAUUUGUAAAGGUAGACUGCAAGCAAUGAGAGAAUCUGGUUGGGAUUCAUUAUUGAAAAGAGUUUCUUAUUUCUGCAAUAGUCAUGAUAUUGAAGUUCUUAAAAUGGAUGCUAUGUUUUUAGUUCGAGUACGAAAAAGUCGAAAAUCUCAACUAAUUACAAAUUUGCAUCAUUAUCGUGUUGAAGUCUUCUAUACUGUCAUUGAUAUGCAACUUCAAGAGUUGAAUAAUCGUUCUACUGAAUCAAGUACUGAAUUGCUUCUCUCUAUUGAACUCUCUAUGCCUAAGGAUCAACUUCAAAAUUACAUUAUUGAUAUGCGUUCAGAGUUUGUUGAACUAAAAAGCAUUGGUGGUCUUGCAGUGAAAAUGGUCGUUACGAAAAGAGAUAAGGUCUACCCUUUAGUUUAUCGGUUGCUCACAUUGACGUUGAUUUUACCAGUUGUAACAGCUACUGUACAGAGAACAUUUUCUGCUAUGAAUAUUUUGAAGACUCGACUGCGCAAUUGA